GCCUCACACAUUCUGUUCACAUUCACUUUCACAACCUUAAAAAUAAAAACAAACUAAAACCAAGUAAGCUCCGAACACAACACAGAACAAUGUCAAAACCCAGAUUCAUUGUCAUGACUUUCCCAUGUCUGGCAUUUGUUCUUCUGCUUCACACCCUUCUCCCAAUCUGUAAUGGCAUAGCAGUUGUGGACCUCAAAUUGAGUGAAACUGAUGUGAUGACCAAAAGGGUUUGCACCAAAAGCAUUGGAGAGUGUUUGGCAGAGCCAGAAAUGGACUCAGAAACCAAUAGGAGAGUUCUGGAAGGUGUGCGGCACAGGUACAUUAGCUAUGAGUCACUGAAGAGGGACAUGGUUCCAUGUGAUAGACCAGGAGCUUCUUACUACAAUUGUCAUGCAAGACCAGCAAAUCAUUACAAUAGGGGCUGUGAGGUCAUUACUGGAUGUGCAAGGGGUAUUCAAGGCAUUAAAACUUGAUGCUGUCCAUGGAAUGAGGGAAGGAAGCUAGGAAAGUAUGUUAUUCUUCUUUCCUUUUUUCCAUCUAAUCCUGUUUUGUUUCAUUUAUGAGGUUUCCUUCUGUAGCUAUGGUCAUUAUUUUUAUACUUUCUUUGUAACAUAUCUGGCAUGACUAGCUUAAUGAUGAAAAUGUCUGACCUUUUGUUUUUGAGAA